UGCCUGUCUGUCUUGGUCUCUCAGUGCCUGUCUGUCUUGGUCUCUCAGUGCCUGUCUGUCUUGGUCUCUCAGUGCCUGUCUGUCUUGGUCUCUCAGUGCCUGUCUGUCUUGGUCUCUCAGUGCCUGUCUGUCUUGGUCUCUCAGUGCCUGUCUGUCUUGGUCUCUCAGUGCCUGUCUGUCUUGGUCUCUCAUUGCCUGUCUGUCUUGGUCUCUCAGUGCCUGUCUGUCUUGGUCUCUCAUUGCCUGUCUGUCUUG